AUGAAAUGCUUUGUGGCGUGCACAGCCACGAACCCGAUAUGGUUCGUGAAAACCCGCCUCCAGCUGGACCAGAGGAAGCCUGGAUUCAAGUCUUACUCGGCCCUUCAGUGCAUCAGGGACAUCUACCAGAGACACGGGAUCCAGGGUUUCUACAAGGGCAUGACUGCGUCCUACUACGGAAUCGCAGAGACGGUGAUCCACUUCGUCAUCUAUGAAGCCAUCAAGGCGAAGCUCCAGCAGCGGAAGCAUCGAUCCUACGACGACGACACGAAGACCUAUUGGGACUUCCUGGAGUUCAUGAUGGCUGGUGCCACGUCCAAGACGUUCGCUUCGAUCAUAGCAUAUCCUCAUGAGGUUGCACGGACCCGUCUGCGUGAGGAAGGGAUGAAGUACCGGAGCUUUUGGCAGACCCUGGGCCUCGUCCUGCGUGAAGAGGGCUUCCGUGCCCUCUAUCGAGGCCUGUGCACCCAACUGGUGCGACAGAUCCCCAACACGGCCAUCAUGAUGAGCAGCUACGAGGCCACCGUCUACUUACUCACUCGCUAUCUCAGCCCCAAGGAUUCCAGCUUCUAUGAGAGCGAGGAGCCGGAGCAGUGGGAAUGGCAGGGAAACCCGACGGAGGAGUCUCCGCUUCCCACUGAUUCCGCCUCUAAGUCUGGGUUCGGAUAGUGAGAGAUGGAGUGGCGAGUGUGCCUCCUGUAGUGACACUUCUGCGCCUGCUGUUGUGAUGAUUUUUACAUGCCGUGAUCUUAUAGAAUAGACGGUUUGCUCGUCUGGCACUAUUAGAGCCUGCCAAUCCGUCCUGGUGCUUCUCGCUCGCUUCCCUUUUUCUUUGAUGGUGGAUUUUUUCCAGAUUUAGUGGAAGAUCUAGUUUUUACCUCCCGCAGCCCCCUCCCCUGUGUUAAAUAUGCUGUAAUGUAUGAUGUAUGUGAUCUCUCACGGGUGGAAAGGAAACCGAGCGACUGGAGGCUAGCAAAACACGGGGGAGGAUUCCUCUCACGGGUAUCUUCGGGAGUCUCUCAAUAUGCCUGACUGUGAUGGUGUUAUAGUCGUUUGCCAAGUGGGUCUUUGCAUGUCUGUGCAGUGUGUCGACACGAACGACCCGUCGGGCAACCGAGCUCGUACCUGGCCGAGAUCCCAUCUCGUCCGGUCCGAUUUGCGGCGCACCCUUUUGUCCUCCGGAAUACACAGCUGCAUCGUUUGCCACAUGGUGUUGUUGGAUUGCUUCCAUUGUGUCGAGAUGCCUUUCCGAUCGGAUCUGCAUCAUGAAAAUGUUGCAGUUCCUUCCUUCUAGUUUCAUAUGGCAGAAUUGUGACAUUGGAGAGGGCUUUCAGAGUCUCAAGACAAGUAGCAAUGCUUAGCAUUAGGAAGUGCCAAUUUUUUCUCCUCUCCAGAGACAGAAGUAAAAUAAUAGAUGCUUUCUUGCAAGGGUCACAUAGACAUAAAGAAGAAAGCGAUUGAUUGGUUUUGUACAAAGUCCUAUUUUGUCUUUGUUCACGGAAAGCAGUCUCUUGUUUUCUAUGGGAUCCAUAGAUGUGUUUACUCACCCAUCGAGAGAGAAUUUCAUGAUGAAAUUCCCUACCCUUGGGUGUUGGCUGUCCCUUCCCAUGUUCCCAUCCUUUUUCGAAAUAAAAGGAAAUUCACCAGUCAAGUUUUCCAUUGUCACAUCUCUUAUGAAAUAGUUUUGACUUGGAGAAAAUCCCACUGUUAGCAUUGGCAUACCCCAUUUUGUUGGAAAAUUUCCUGACAUGUAAUCUUGUUUUCCUAUCUACAGUCCUCUUGUCCCUUUGUAUUCUGUUAUGGGUAUUGAGAUGAUAAUAGGUUGAAUUUUUUUUUGUUUUAAGUGCC